CAACACUGGAUAAAUGAACGUUAUGCUGCCGUUGCAUUGUUGCCACUGAUUCCGGCAGCUCUUAUUUAUCCUAAUUAUGUGCUAGACACUCUGUUGACAACUGCUAUGGUCAUGCACACUCACUGGCGCUUGUCAGGUGUUGCACAGGAUUACAUACAUGGGCAGAUCUUGCCUAAAAUUGCAAGACCCACUGUUCUCCUCAUCACCAUUUUUGCUUUUGGUAGCAUUUGCUAUUUCAACUACACUGACAUUGGUUUCGCAAAUGCAGCAAGAUUGCUAUACACAAAAUUGUAA